UGGUCACAAGACAGUGUUAUUUGUGAUAACAAAAAACUUAUCAUAAAUAAAGAUAAGACAAAUUUACUCGUUAUGUUUUCUUUUCAGUUGGCGAUGUUGCAAACUAAAGGGUGAGAUAUUACAUAUUUUAAGUUUGCGAUGUUGCUACUUAAAUGUAAGCAAAAUAACUUUUAGUGAUUAAAUAAAGAAAAUGAGUUUAUCAAAAUCAUUUAUGGAAAAAAAAGAUCCAGUAGACGCCUAUAUUAUUAGAGAAACUUUAAAUGAACCACCUUUAUUGACUGAAUUAUUAAAUUAUACUGUUGCAAAUGUUCCUAGAGCGCAGAUGAUAUCGGAUCCUAUUCAAAUUCAGCUAUUUCGUAUGCUUCUUAAAAUGUUAAAUGCUGUGAAAUGCAUUGAAGUAGGCUCUUUCACAGGCUAUAACGUUUUAAACUGUGCACUUACAAUACCAGAAAAUGGUAUUGUGUAUGCUCUUGAUAUUACUGAUGAAUUCAUCAGCCAUGGUAGACAGUUUUUUGAAAAAGCAGGUGUGAGUCAAAAAAUAAAAGAAUGCAUUGGUCCAGCUAGUGAAACACUACAAAAGUUUAUAGACGAAGGUCACGAAGGUACAUUUGACUUUAUUUAUGUUGACGCAGAUAAAACUGGUUAUCCAUUGUAUUACGAUUUAGGAAUUCAACUUUUAAGACCCGGUGGGGUAUUAGCCUUAGAUAAUACACUUCUGUGGGGUUUAAUGGUUAAUCCGGAAGCAGCUUCAUUGGGAGAUAAAGAAAAUGUAGCUGCUAUGGCAGAAGUAACAAGAAAAGCUCGAAAUGACGAACGUGUGGAUAUUUCUUUUUUAAAAAUAGGAGACGGGGUAUGUUUGUGCCGAAAACGUUAAAUAUUGAAAACAUUUGUAUUUAUACAUAGAAAAACAAUAUUUUAAAAAAUAGGUUAUAUUUAUUUU